AAAUUUAGUUCUGAAUCAAGCACUGUAAAAUUAUCACUAUGCAGCCUUUCACUUUCCUGAUGGCCAUCUUGGCGGUUUCCCUACUCCUGCUGUUCAGCACUCCGGAAACUGAGGGUACUUUCAUCUUUGUCGCCUGCUUGUUGCGGUCACCAAUGUGCCCAUGGAUUACAACCGCGACCACCAAGAAGAGUGAUAGUGCAAGUGCUGGUGGAAGUUCUGGUGGAAGUUCUGGUGGAAGUUCUGGUGGAAGUUCUGGUGGAACUGAUGGUGGUGGAAAGUAAUGAAAAUUGAAGGAAAUUAAAACCAUUUUAAUUGCAUCAGA